AUGGCGCGUCGGCCAGAGUCGUUGUCUCGCGGUCGCCGUGUUCUGCUCGUCACUACCUCCAUCGUCGCCGCCUUUUUCACUGCAGGCGUCACGUUCGGAUAUUCCGGCCUCCUCCCUGCGCUGACGGGUCCAGUCGGCGCCUUUAGCGAUGCGUGUCCGGCAGGCGAGCCUGUGCCGUGCGCGCGUCAGAUGAGCUUGCUCAACGCCGCCUACACCCUCAGCAUGUUCACCAACAGCGCGAGCGCCAUUGUGGUGGGCCUCGUGCUUGAUCGCACAGGACCCCGCCGCACCACACUCAUUGGCACUGUCAUCUUCGCCCUCGGCCUCCUCGCCCUCGCCGGCGCCGGCGCGUUCGCGCCCGGGGCCCACAAUGACGCCGCGCCUGACGCCGCAACGCCGCCCAGCGUCACUAAUAGUACUGAUAGUAACAGUACCGCGAGUGCCACUGUGGUAGUGCCAGCCAUGGCAGAACCCGCGAACACGAGCGUUGCUGCCGCGGCGGUCAGUACGCAGCCCCCACGGGGGUUGAUGCGCAUCGACGGAGCGUGGCGGAACGGGGAACUGCCCCUACCAGAGGGUUCGUGGGCGCAGCUGACCGGGGGAAAGCGGGGGACGCAUGGGGCGAGAGAAGGUGCUCGCAUGGUGAAGGUGAUGGGCAAAGGGGGGGCAGCACGGGAGGAGAGGGCAGGGUGGGUUGAAGGACAUGCUUGCUGGCGCAGGAGUGGAGGUUGUCCGGGGGAGCAAGUGAUGCGCGGUGACCAAGGCGUGCAGCGGCGCAAGCUGGAGGCGGAGGGGCAGGGGGAAGCAGGGGGGACGGCGGAGGGGAGCAGCGGGGGGAAGGAAGCGGCGUCGGGGGUGUUCUUCUUUGCCGCAUUCUUCCUGCUCUCCCUCGGCGGCCCAUUCAUCUUCACCUCCUCCGUGCGUGCCCCCCCUCCUCACCUCUCCCCUUGCCCUCUCCGUCGCUCUCCCUCCCAAUCUCCCUGCCCCCGACUCUACCAACCUCAUCUUCCUUGUCCUCAUCCCCCACCAGCUCCUCCUUUCCUCCUUCCCCUCUCCUCCCCACGCCCCCUUCUCCAGAUCAACUUCUGUGUGCUCGUGCCGCGCCUCUCGUCCGCCAUCAUCAGUGCACAGGCGGGAGCAUUCGAGGCGUCCUCGCUCAUCCUCUUCCUGCUGGGCCUCGCCGUCACGCGCCUGCACCUGCCCCUCUCCGCUCUCGCCCUCGCCUACUGCCUCGUUCCCCUCGCCCUCGCUGCUCUCGCUGCUGCUGCCUUCCCCAACUCCCCCUUUGGCGCGGCAAAGGCUGCUGCAAGUGCCGGGAGGGGGGAUACGCGCGCGGAUGGGGGUUUGGAGGACGCUGCUGCAGCGAGAGUGCGUGUCAGGGGGGAUGGGGGAAGAGACGGAGCGGAGGUAGGGGCGGGCGGGAAAGAAGAAGAGUCGGAGGGGGAAGGGGAGGGACAAUUGGUAUUGGUGGAGCGUCCUGUGGGGGGGGAGGGAGGGGGGAUAGGAGUGGCAGGUGACUUUAUAGCUGAAGACGAGGGGAUAGAGGAGUGCUUGAGUAGUAGUAGCAGCAGCAGCAGUGAUAGCGGAGGGGAGAUAGGCAGUGGGGGGAGGGAGAGGAAGGAUAGCGUGAUAGCAAUGGUGUACAGUAGUGGGUCGAGUGACGAUGACGUGGAGAACGGCGGGAAGGAUGGGGGGGAGGGAGAAAUGGGAGGAGAGGGGGGAAGGGGAGAGGAGGAGGGGAGUCAGUGGGACAAGGGCGAGCUAGGGAGGCUGUACUCUCUGCGGCUAGCACAGGCCGCAGCAGUAGCAGCAGCAAAACCAGCAGAAGAAGCAACAAAAACGGCAGGAGCAGGGGCAAAAAUAGUGGAAGGAGAAUCGGAAGGUAUUGCACCUCCACCUGACAUCUUCAACUCCCCGCUCAAACUCCAACUCAGGUCGCCACUGUACUGGGUGCACGUGGCAGUGUCGGCAUACCUCGUGCUGCGCUCCAACUUCUUCAUCGCUGCCGUCAACACGCACAUCCGCUACACCGUGACGACUCUCCUCAGCAUCCCGCCCUCCACCGCCACCACCGACCUCCCAUCCGAUGCGGCCGCACAAAUCACGUGCUACAUUGACAUAUUCAACAUAGUGCUGGCAGCGGGGGGGGUGGUGGCCGUGCCGCUGGCGGGGUGGAGCAUGGAGCGCCCAGGGCUGCCCUUCUCCUUUGUCCUCACCACGCUGCUCUGCGCGCUCUGCUCUGCUGUUCAGAUGAUGGCCGCUUGGGUCCCGCUUCCCAUGCAGGUGGGGCGUUGUGCCUUACCGUGUGGUCUCGACUGCUGUGUGCUGUACAACGGAACCCUCACAUUCCUCUGUUCCACUUGUUUCCUCUGUCUUCGUGAGCGUGUGCUGUUGCUCGCCCGACUCCUAUGCCCACCACAUACCACCCCUCCCCACUCCACUCACCCUCCAUUUCCCUCCUUCGGCCUAUGCUGCACCUGGUGGCGCAUCAUCUACGGGUAUUCCGGCAUCCUGCCGGUGCUGGUGGCGGACGUGGGCGCGUUCAGCGACGCGUGCGGGGCGGGGGAGUCUGUGCCGUGCGCCGCCCAGAUGAACCUGCUCAACGCCGCUUACACCCUGAUGCGUGUGUACUGCCAGUGGGGGCGUUCCUCGACGCCUACGGCCCGCGCACCACAGCCAUCAUCGCUUCCCUUCUCUCCCAUCUGCUCUCUGCCUUAUGUCCCCUGCAUUUGCAUGUGUUCAUGUGCCAAUGUGCUGACCUCCUCGUAUCCUUCACCACCCGUGCAUCUAUGUGCGCCCAUCCCGGUCGCCCCACCAGGCAUGGUGACCAACAGCGCGUGUGUACUGCCAGUGGGCGCAUUCCUAGAUGCCUACGGACCGCGCACCGCAGCCAUCACGGGCUCUCUCGUCUUCUCCGCGGGCCUCCUCGCCCUCGCCCUCGGUUCCGCCUUCUCCCACCCGCCCCCUCCCGCCCCUCCCCCUGUCCUGCCCGUGCCUUCCCCCUCCGCCUCCCUGCUCGCCAUGCCUCCCGCCUUCCCUGCCUAUGAGUCCCACCACACCCAGUCCCCCCUCCUCCACCGCCCUCUCCCCCCGCCGUGGCCGCUGCACUAUUGCCCCCAUCGCUUCGAGCAGGCAGACAAUCUCUCCCAGCCAUUAACAGGGCGCCAUUUGGAGGGGGCCCCAGGGGACAGGGACAGUGCAUGGGAUGGGGGUGGCAUGGCCGUCCGGGGCGAGGGUGCUAGGAGGGGGGGAGAGGGGAUAAGAGGGAUGACAGAGGCGUUGGGAUGGGUGGCAGGGGGGUUAAGAGGGGCGAAGAAGGGCGUCGGAGUUGCCGGGGUGUGCUUCUUUGCGGCUUUCUUUCUCCUCGCGCUCGGAGGGCCAUUCAUCCUCACACCCAUGAUCAACUUCUCCGAGCUCCUCCCGUCGUCAGCAGCAGCGGUCAUAGCAGCACAGAGCGGUGCCUUUGAUGCCUCUGCAGCCGUGCUCUUCCUCUUCGCCCUCGCCGUCUCGCGCCUUCACCUCGCCCUCUCCUCCGUCUGCCUCGCCUAUCUCGCCGUGCCGCUUGUGAUUGCUGCCGUUGCCGCCGCCACUUUCCCCGAUGUUCCUUUUGGCGCCUCACCCGUUUCAGAACCGCUCACCACUCCUCCACCCACCUCCACCACCCCCUCCUCCACGUCACCCCAUCCCGACCCGCUCUCUUUGCUCACCGCGCCUCUCCUGCAACCUGCAAGCGAGGGGCAUUCAAGCGCGAUGCAGGCAAGCAAGGAGCAACCAUCGCAGAGCCAGUCAGACGAGGAGGAAGGGGAGAGGGGGCAAGGGAGGCCUGCUGUGGGAGGGAGUGACAGGGGACAUGAGGACACACUUGGGGAGGAGGAGGGAAUGAGAGGGGCGAGAGAGGGGAUGGGAGCAGGGGUGACUGCAGUGGGGCGAGGGGACGAGGAGGGAGGGCGGAGUAGAGGGUCGAGAGAGGGAGCGCGGGGGCCAAGGCGCAGUGGGGAGUUGGAGCGGCUAUACUUGCUGCGCCUCAUGGGGGCUUCUGGGAGUGAUAAGGCUUCUGCUGGUGGGGAUGCUGAUGGUGCAAGCAGCGCUGCUGCUGCUGCCGACGAGCUGAGCACGUCAGCAUGCAACGUGGCGCUGCCAGCUGUCACAGGGCGAGGCAGCAGCAUCCCGGUGUCUCCCAGUCUGCCCAUCGUGUGGCUCCACGGCCGGAGCACCCCGUGCCUGCCGCCCCCUCCCGCCAUCUACAAUGCCGACAUUGCCAUCCAGCUCAGGGCGCCGCUGUUCUGGGUGCACGUGGGGGUGGCGGCGUUCUAUGUGCUGCGCUCCAAUGUGUACAUCGCGGCUGUCAACGACCAGAUCACCUUCGCCGUGCACGCCAAGGCCAUCCACCCGCCAUCCACAGCAGCAGCAGUGCAGCAGCACUACAUCGACGCCUUCAACUGCCUGCUCCCGCUGGGCGGCUGUCUCAGCGUGCCUCUGGCCGGCUGGAGCAUCGACUCCCUCGGCCUGCCGCCCGCCUUCGCCAUCACUGCCGCCCUGUCGCUCCUCUCCUCCCUGCUGCUGCUCCUCGCCCCCAUCCUUCCACUAGAUGCCAUGCUCCUGAGUUUCGCGGCAUACAGUGUGGCGAGGGCGUUCAUCUACAGCACCCUGGCGGCGCUCAUCGCUUCCCUCUUUGGCUUCCGCAACUUUGGCCGCCUCUACGGCCUCACACGGUUCAUUGGGGCAUUCGCCGCUCUGCUGCAGUACCCCCUUAUGAGGUACGGAGAGGAGGCCAUGAGGGGGGACUUCACGGGCAUGACAGCGGGGUUCAUGGCAUGUGAGCUCGCCCUGGCCACGCUCUUCCCCCUCUACCUCACCCACUGCCUCUUUGGCUUCUUCUGGCGCCCCAAGCCCUGA